AUGACUUCAGAGACCGCCCACCGGGAUAAGAAGAAAAGGAAAGCCUAUUACCGAAAAUGUGCUAUUUCCAACAAGCAGCAGUGCUUAGUGAGAUCCUCUGAUGCGGAAACGUCAUCUCAGAGACGCCCUUUGAAGCAGUUGCGACCUGGUAUGACUGGCUAUUUGGUCACCUGCAAUCGACAAGAGAAACGCGCUCUGUCGGAAGCUUAUCGUUUACUCAACGAUGCUUUGAAACGCUGCCAACCAAUGAUACUAUCCGUAGGAUCCGUAGAUGCUUUACAUCCUGAGAACAAUCAACCAACAGAACAGCCGUCAGUCCAUAAUCAAACGGCUGAUGACAGCGAUAGUGAUGCGGACGUACUAACACAACUACGGAGAGAACUUGCACAGUCCUCUACUAACUCGUCCGAAAAUACUGCGAAUCCUUACUUUUUCUAUUCCGUGAAGAGCGGCGUCUCGAACUGUCUGUUUGUGGUUCACUACGCCGAAUGCACAUGUUCCGCUUUUCUGUGUCAUAAUAUUUUUGAACAUCUCCUUUCGGUUGGAGUCUCGGAAUCUCGCAGUUUGCUUCGUUUGUUACCAGUGGAUGCAACUUGUUCUGCGAAUCCAGCGGAGAUAAGCAAAUGUAUGAAACAAUUGUGGAUCAAUUUUAUUCGUGAUGACUCUGUACUAUCUCAACAGACGGCGCCUCACGUCGGUAAAGAAGAGGUCCAAUCCUUGGAACACAAUUCUACAGAUUCCGUGGUCUCAGACUGUAUCCAUUCACUUUGUCCAAAGGUUCCACCUCAACGCGCCACAGCGGCGACUCUGCAUGGGUCUAAAACAUUUUUGGUACUGUUUAAAGCCAGAAAUUACAAUCGUUUGCCACGCGAAGAGGCCAUUGAUGCCGUCGUCUCUGCUGUGUGCGGCGUCGAUGCGUCAUGGCGGGUCUGUCCCUCUUCACCAACUGUCAUCAUUUUUGUAAAUAUUCUGCGAAACGUCGCUUGUUUGAGCUUAUUGGAGAAUUUUGGCCGCUAUCACAAAUACAAUGUCGCAGAAUUGUUUACCCAACCGAACAAAGAUGAGAAAUAGAUGACUGUUUCUCUGGUU